GAAAGCUUUCAGAGCUGCUGGUCCGCCCCGCCUCUCGCUGGGGCUCGGAGGGUUCGGCGCUGGAGCCGAGGCUGGGGCUGGCGCGCCGCGGCCGCGUGUCCUGCGCUGGCAGGCAGGUCUGGCCAAAUCGCGUCGCUGUGCAGUGCGCCGGGUUCCCGGGAGAUGGCCUCUCGGCUGUCGCCCGCUGCUCCGACUAUUGUCUCACGCGGGGUUGUUUGACUGCGGGCUGCGCACGCUCUCAGCAGAGAGGACUUUCUUUCCCCGGAGCUGGUCCCGGCGCCCCUUCCUGCCUCCCAGCUGCUCCAGAGCUCAGAGCCCAGAGAGGGCGCGGCGCAGAGGGGCGGUACGCAGCCGGCUGGCGAAGGGCCGAAGAAGCAGGGAGCUGUGGGGCCAGUCGCCCCCGUCGCGGCCGGGUCUCGCAAGAGAGCCUGUGGGGAGCACAGGUGCCCAGACACCAUGCCACAACCCUGCAGACCUGACAUUGGCAGAAAGUAGAAGACUUCCUUGUGUCCUCCACCCCCAUCCUCACCAUGUCUUCGACUCAGGGCAGUGGGGAACACUGGAAGUCCCUGGAGUCAGUGGGCAUCAGCCGCAAGGAGCUGGCCAUGGCCGAAGCCUUGCAGAUGGAGUAUGAUGCUCUCUCCCGGCUUCGGCACGACAAGGAGGAAAGCAGAACCAAGCAGAACACAGACCCCUCUCUCAUCAGCUGGGAUGAGCCCGUCCUGGAUUCAUACAGCAAGCCGGCAGGAAGGCAGAAGGACCUCAAGCUCCUACGCGGUCUUUCUGGUUCUGAUCCUACCCUCAAUUACAACUCGCUCUCCCCACAGGAAGGGCUGCUCAACCACUCUACCUCCCAAUGCUCCCAGCCUGGCCCAGAUCCCUGGCCCAAAGGCUCCCUGGCUAGAGACUAUCUCUACAUUUUUGAUGGUUCAGAUGGGGGGCUCUCUUUGUCCCCAGGACCGGGGGACAUAGAUGACUCUUCUAAGAAACUGUCCCCACCUCCUCUGCCUCCUCGAGUCUCUAUCUGGGAUACCCCUCCUCUGCCUCCUAGAAAGGGAUCCUCUUCAUCCUCUAAGAUCUCCCAGCCCAAUGACAUUAACACUUUUUCAUUGGUCGAACAGCCUUCAGGCAAAUUGCUAGGGCGUCAGAUCCUAGAAGAAGAGGAGCUGGGAGGUGGGGGUAUGGGACGCGUACUGGGGUCUGUGGACUAUGAUGGUAUCAAUGAUGCAAUUACACGGCUCAACUUGAAGUCAACCUAUGAUGCAGAGAUAUUGCGGGAUGCCACCAGAGGCUGGAAGGAGGGCCGGGGGCCCCUGGGUCUUGGGAAGGAUGCUCCUGGAAAGCCUGUGGCCAGGAGCAAGACCAUGCCUCCCCAGGUACCGCCCCGCACCUACACCUCCCGCUACGCCAACCGAAAAAAUGGGACACCUGGCAAGAACCACCGGAUUUCUGCUGCUUCGGUGGGCUCCCGGCCCCACACUGUCACCAAUGGCCACGAGUUGUUUGAGGUCUCAGAGGAGAGAGAUGAGGAAGUUGCUGCAUUUUGCCACAUGCUGGAUAUCCUUCGAUCUGGCUCUGAUAUCCAAGACUACUUCCUCACUGGAUAUGUCUGGAGUGCUGUCACCCCAAGCCCAGAACACCUUGGGGAUGAGGUCAACCUGAAGGUGACGGUGUUGUGUGACAGUCUGCGGGAGCCACUCACUUUUACCUGCAACUGUUCCUCCACUGUGGACUUGCUCAUCUACCAGACCCUGUGCUACACCCACGAUGAACUGAGGGAUGUGGAUGUGGGUGAUUUUGUGCUCAAGCCCUGUGGGCUGGAGGAGUUCCUGCAGAACAAGCACGCCUUGGGCAGCCAUGAGUACAUUCAGUACUGCUGCAAGUUUGACAUUGACAUUCGACUGCAGCUAAUGGAGCAGAAAGCCGUACGCAGCAACCUGGCCCGGACGGUCAAUGACGACCAGAGCCCCUCCACUUUGAACUACCUCGUCCAUCUGCAAGAGAGGCCAGUCAAACAGACUAUCAGCAGGCAGGCCCUGAGUCUUCUGUUCGACACUUACCACAAUGAGGUGGAUGCCUUCCUGCUGGCUGAUGGCGACUUCCCACUGAAGGCUGACAGGGUGGUCCAGUCCGUGAAGGCCAUCUGCAACGCCCUGGCUGCCGUGGAGACCCCUGAGAUCACCAAUGCUCUCAAUCAGCUGCCCCCCUGCCCUUCCCGCGUGCAGCCUAAAAUUCAGAAGGACCCUGCCGUCUUGGCUGUGAGGGAAAACCGAGAGAAGGUUGUGGAAGCCUUGACAGCUGCCAUCUUGGAACUGGUGGAGCUGUACUGCAGCACGUUCAAUGCAGACUUCCAGACAGCAGUGCAUGGGAGCCACAAGCAUGACCUGGUCCAGGACGCUUGCCAUUUUGCUGGGCCCCUGGCCUUCACUGUCUAUGCCACCCACCGCAUCCCCAUCACCUGGGCUGCCAGCUAUGAAGACUUCUACCUCUCCUGCUCCCUCAGUCACGGUGGCAAGGAGCUGUGCAGCCCCCUGCAGACGCGAAGGGCUCACUUUUCCAAGUACCUUUUCCACCUCAUCAUCUGGGACCAGCGGAUCUGCUUCCCAGUGCAGGUGAACCGGCUGCCUCGGGAGACGCUGCUGUGUGCCACUCUCUAUGCUCUGCCCAUCCCCCCACCCGGGAGCUCCUCAGAGGCCAAUAAGCAGCGCCGGGUGCCUGAAGCCCUGGGCUGGGUCACUACCCCUCUCUUCAACUUCAGGCAAGUCCUAACCUGUGGCCGGAAGCUUCUGGGCUUAUGGCCAGCAACACAGGAAAAUUCCAGUGCCCGUUGGAGUGUACCUAAUUUCCACCAGCCGGACAGUGUCAUCCUGCAGAUUGACUUCCCCACCUCUGCCUUCGACAUCAAGUUCACCAGUCCCUCUGGAGACAAGUUCAGCCCCUGCUAUGAGUUUGGCAGCCUCCGAGAGGAAGACCAACACGUGCUUAAAAGCAUCAUGCAGAAGGAGUCCCUGUACUGGCUCACUGAUGCUGACAAGAAGCGCUUGUGGGAGAAGCGAUAUUAUUGCCACUCAGAGGUGAGCUCACUCCCCUUGGUGCUCGCCAGUGCCCCCAGCUGGGAGUGGGCUUGCCUGCCCGACAUCUAUGCUCUCCUGAAGCAGUGGACCCACAUGAACCACCAGGAUGCCCUGGGACUUCUGCAUGCCACCUUCCCGGACCAGGAGGUGCGGCAUAUGGCUGUGCAGUGGAUCGGCUCGCUGUCAGAUGCUGAGUUGCUUGACUACCUACCCCAGCUCGUGCAGGCCCUAAAGUACGAGUGCUACCUGGACAGCCCCUUGGUGCGCUUCCUCCUAAAACGAGCGGUCUCUGACUUGAGAGUGACUCACUACUUCUUCUGGUUGCUGAAGGAUGGCCUCAAGGACUCCCAGUUUAGCAUUCGCUACCAGUAUCUGCUGGCAGCCUUGUUGUGUUGUUGUGGCAAGGGGCUGAGAGAGGAGUUUAACCGGCAGUGCUGGCUUGUCAACACCCUAGCCAAGCUGGCACAGCAGGUCCGGGAGGCCGCUCCGUCUGCACGGCAGGGGAUCCUCCGCACAGGCCUGGAGGAGGUGAAACAGUUCUUUGCCCUCAAUGGCUCCUGCCGCCUGCCGCUCAGCCCCAGUCUGCUGGUUAAGGGCAUUGUGCCCAGGGACUGUUCCUACUUCAAUUCCAAUGCAGUCCCCCUCAAGCUCUCCUUCCAGAAUGUGGAUCCGCUGGGUGAGAACGUCCGAGUCAUCUUCAAGUGUGGGGACGACCUUCGCCAGGACAUGCUCACCCUGCAGAUGAUUCGCAUCAUGAGUAAGAUCUGGGUCCAGGAGGGGCUGGACAUGCGCAUGGUGAUUUUCCGCUGCUUCUCCACUGGCAGGGGGAGAGGGAUGGUGGAGAUGAUCCCAAAUGCUGAGACCCUGCGCAAGAUCCAGGUGGAACAUGGGGUGACAGGCUCCUUCAAGGACCGUCCCCUGGCCGACUGGCUGCAGAAACACAACCCUGGGGAGGAUGAGUACGAGAAGGCCGUGGAGAACUUCAUCUAUUCCUGUGCUGGCUGCUGUGUGGCCACUUACGUCUUAGGCAUCUGUGACCGACACAAUGACAACAUCAUGCUGAAGACGACUGGCCACAUGUUCCACAUAGAUUUUGGCCGCUUCCUGGGCCACGCCCAGAUGUUUGGCAAUAUCAGGCGGGACCGUGCCCCCUUUGUCUUCACCUCGGACAUGGCGUAUGUCAUCAACGGGGGUGACAAGCCUUCUAGCCGCUUCCAUGAUUUUGUUGACCUUUGCUGCCAAGCCUACAACCUCAUUCGCAAGCACACCCACCUCUUCCUCAACCUUCUGGGCCUGAUGUUGUCCUGUGGGAUCCCUGAGCUUUCAGACCUGGAGGACCUCAAGUAUGUGUAUGACGCGCUGAGGCCUCAGGACACAGAGGCCAAUGCCACCACCUACUUUACGAGGUUGAUUGAGUCCAGCCUGGGCAGUGUAGCCACAAAGCUCAAUUUUUUCAUCCAUAACCUGGCUCAGAUGAAGUUCACGGGCUCAGAUGACCGGUUGACCCUUUCCUUUGCCCCCCGCACAUACACUCUCCAGCGCUCUGGCCGCCUUAGUGAUGUCUUUGUCUGCCGCCAGGAGAAGGUCUUCCAUCCCAACAAGGCCUACAUUUAUGUGGUAAAGGUGAUGCGAGAGAAUGCUCACGAGGCCACUUAUAUCCAGCGGACGUUUGAGGAAUUCCAGGAGUUACACAAUAAGCUGCGACUGCUCUUCCCUUCUUCCCUCUUGCCCAGCUUCCCCAGUCGCUUCAUGAUUGGCCGCCCUAGGGGAGAUGCAGGGGCUGAGCGGCGGAGAGAGGAGUUAAAUGGCUACAUCUGGCGCUUGAUCCAUGCCAUCCCAGAGGUGGCCGAGUGUGAUUUGGUGUAUACCUUCUUCCACCCUCUGCCACGGGAUGAGAAAGCUGCAGGCACCAGCCUGGCCUCCAAGUCUUCAGACGGCACAUGGGCGCGGCCUGUUGGGAAGGUGGGAGGGGAGGUGAAGCUGUCCAUCUCCUACAAAAACAAUAAACUCUUCAUCAUGGUGAUGCAUAUUCGGGGCUUGCAACUGCUCCAGGAUGGGAAUGACCCCGACCCCUAUGUGAAAAUUUACCUCCUUCCUGACCCUCAGAAAACCACUAAAAAGAAAACCAAAGUGGCCCGGAAAACCUGCAACCCAACCUACAAUGAGAUGCUGGUGUAUGAUGGGAUCCCCAAGGGUGACCUGCAGCAGCGGGAGCUACAACUUAGUGUGCUGAGCGAGCAAGGAUUCUGGGAGAACGUCCUCCUCGGGGAGGUGCACAUCCGCCUGCGCGAGCUCGACCUGGCCCAGGAGAAGACCGGCUGGUUCGCACUGGGAUCUCGAAGUCAUGAGACCUCAUGAGCCCAGCGGAGCCCUGGCCUAGGACCCCAGGCUGGUGGUGGAGCCGGGGGAGAGGACUCUCCCUGCUUGACGUGUCCUUUCCUUGGGAAAGGGCAGGGCCUUUGGCAGGCCUCCCUGCUGAUCAGGUGGAUUGGGCCUCCAUGAUAGGAGGCAGGGAGAGUAAGAGGCUCUCUGCCGUCUCCCGCUCUGCAGACUGGGUUUAGGUUGAUUGUGAUGAGCAGAGCCGUGGAGGCUGUGAGGUUGCAGCAAAGUUUUAAGUUUACCUUGUGUCAAGGGAGCAACGCCUGGUUUGGGUGUGUGGGGUGGGCUGUAGAAAGUAGCAUUUUGGGGCAAGGUGGGUGGAUGUCUUUAUUUUUAUUUUUAAAAAAUGAAAUAGUAAUGUUGUCCUAACUGGACAGGAAGCCUUAUGAGAAGGGACUUACAUAUGCCUCAGAAGGCAAAAGAGGAAGACUAUUUGGACUUUUUGUAUGAUUAAGGUUCUUAUUGGACUUUUCCCUAGGUUUGUGUUUGUUUUUUGUUUUUGUGUUUCUCUCUAUAGGAAUUUAUUUGGGGAGGGGCCCAGUGGGUCCUCAGUUAGAGCCCCCCCUCCUCCCCAAGGGCAGGUCAGGGAGGGAUGGGAAGGGCUUUGUGUGCUGAAUUGAGGCCUGUGCUCCUGGGCCUUGCUGAUUUUGCCUCCAAAGGAGAGCGACGUGAUACCUAUGUGAUGUAAGGAAGGGCCUUCCGUAUGGGGUUCUGCCAAAGGACCUGUAUUCAGGGACCCAUGCUCUUUCCGGGGAAGUUUUUCCUUUCAUCUUCCCCUACUUUGCUAGGACGCGCCCUGAAUACUGUCUUCUACCCCUCCAUUCUCUUGCCCUUCUGGGGGCCAUUUGUCCCUGUGAAUACACCGGGGGUGCACCCCCCAUAGGUCUCUCCCUUACUGUUUUGUCUGGUGGGAUAAAAUGCUGCCUUGGCCCUUCUUAGAUUUCAUUUCACCCAAGGGCAUCUGGGCUCUGGGAAGAGCCUCCAGGCUGCAGAUGCCAACAUGGCCACCUGCUGCAUAGUCCUGGGAAGCUUUUCACAAUAUCCACUACUCGUUUUGUGCUGCUUCUCUCCCAAACUCCAUUUCUGUCACAUUUUUUAUAAGAAUUUCCCUCAUCCUAUGGGGCCAUAAACCUAUUUAGCCCGAAACCAAAAGGAUGCCCUAACUGAAGGAAAGGGGUGUGGGGUCCUGUCAAAACUCAUUUUUUCCAGGGGUUUUCUUUGGUCUCGAGGAGGCUGGAUUGGAGCAGUGAUUGAUUCCCCUGGAGCUGAGCUGGGAGGAAGAGAUCGGGUCUCUUAUCUCUUAAUACUCUUCAUUCUCUACCACAUGGAUUUGAAAUUCACUCCUGUGCUUUACUCCAAAAGGUUGUCUGCCUUGAGAAAAGGGAGAGACUUGGAGUUUGAUAUUAACAUUUUAAACCAGAAUUGGCUGGAUGUGCCCUGUGAUUGCGUAACAGAGUUAGUGGGCGAUACUCUGAAUUGUCCCUCCUCAGCUUCCUCUCCAGCUCCAAGGAUCAGAAAUUCCUCCUUUUGCUGACUCAUUCCAUAACUGGAGAAAGAAGCUCCAUUCAUUGAAGCCACAGGGCAGCAAGGAAGUUAAAACUUUUCUUUUAAAUUAAAAAUGCCAAGGAUAAAGCUGGCUGCUGUAAGGAGGUAUGAGGGGAGUGGGGCACAGCAGUAGACUUCUCCAGAUGAAUGGACCAUAGAUGCGUUACUGGCUUUUUGCCUGUAGCUCAUUUUAUUUUGACCCUCUAUACUCCUGGUUUAAAGAGGUCUGUGUACUGUACCCACUUCCCAGAUGUCCUUGUAUCUCCUACUUUCUCUGGAAUUGUAUUUUCUAAUAAAUGACAUUUGAGAAAAACAAA